AUGCUCCAGGAGGUGCGCCCCCGGCCGCGGGCUGCCGCAGCGCCUCCCGCCCAGCCGCACUGCCCACAGGGCGCUGGGCUGGCCCCCGCCCGCCCCUCCCGCCGCGGCCCGCGCCGACACGUGCGCAGACGCCACCGGCGCCGCGCGGCCACACGCAGGCCGGGAAAGGGGCUGGUUCCCGGCGGCGGGGAGGGACGGGACGGGACCGGCCGGGACAGCACCGCAGAGCCAAAGAAGCCUGGCGCCUGGCAGCGCUGCCCUUCUCGGGAAGGCUGCCGCCAGCACUCUCACGGAUUGGCAGGAGGCUGUGCCCUCCUCUUCCUCCCUUCGCUUCCCUCCUCCGCGGGCAAACAAACAAACAAAAACCCGAAAACAAAGCAAAAGCCCCAAACAACCCCACCCCUCAAAAAAACUCCUACCAGCAACGACAGAGAAAAGAAAUCCCAAGCCGCGUUCCCGACGUCUCCGGGCCCCGCGACCGCAGCGGCCGCCCCACAUUCCUGGCAUUCCAGGGCCGUGACUCCCCGCGCCGCCUCAGCCCGGCCCCGGCCCCGCCGCCUCCGGCUCGCUAGCCCGCCGGUCCGCUCGCCCCCGCGGGACACCAGUCCCCUCCCUCCCUCCCGCCCUGCCUCCGUUCUUCCCGCACCCCGCGGGCGCCAGCAGGAGCUCGAGACGCCCCGGCCCCCCGCGCCGCCGCCGCCGCCACUGGCGGCCGCAGCUCCGGGCUGCCCCGCCGAAGUUCCCCGCGGUGGUCGGGCCGGGGCGGCGGAAGCGGGUAUCCCUCCUUCACCGCCCUGGAGAGCGGAUCGCCGCGCUCCCCGCUCCUUUCGGAUCCCGCCGGCAGACGUCGCCGCCUUCCGGGCCAGGACAGCCGCCUGCCGCGGGAGCGCACAAAGCCGGAGCCGCCGCGCUGCCCCGGCGCCCGCCCAGCAGGAAGCCGCCCUUGAAGCUCGCCCUGGGAAUGGACAGCUCCCUCCACUUCUGGAGAAGAGUAGUGCCGAUUGAAGAAGCCUUGGAG